CUCAAUAAGCCUUUAAAUGCUACUGACACGGUCCUCAAUUCUCUUCCCCCUGACUGGGGUGAAGAAAUUGAUGACCAAUCGACUCACCUCUUCCAAGGAAUCGGAGUGACAACUAAAAAGGCUAAAGAUGAUGCUGACAUCAAUUCUAUUGACGUUGAAAAACCAACAACUUCCGGUGCUGCUAAAGAAGGUGAAGAAAGUUACUUACCUUCAGGUAUCUUAAAUGAUCAAGAAGAUGAUAAUAGUGAUAUCUUUGAAGAUGAAGAUUUCUCUCUUGAUUCAGAUGACGAGGAUGAUAGAGCCAGUACUUCCAGUGGGAUUAGCUCUGUAAGCCGAGCCAGUAUCUCAUCCAGUUCUAGCUCUGAUUCAACUUCAUCAUCUUCAAGUGAUGAAUCUACUUCCGGAACUGAGAUUGCUUCUGCUAUCAAUGAGAUUCUUGAAACUCCCAUCUGGUUGGCUGAAUUACAAAAAAUUGACUUUGAAAAUGAACUCGAGUUGGAAGAUUUCCUGACAAUUUGUAAGGAAAUAUUGCAACAAGAAUUAUCUACAAAGUCAUACAAUACAUUUCCAUCAUUUAUCCGUUUCCAUGAAGAGUACUCACGUUCCAUUGAUACGUCAUUUGUUAAAUUUCUCACUUCCUUCAAAGCUAAAUUGUAUCACGAUGGUCUCUCCUGCGUUGGUUUGGCCAUUUCGUUACACAAUUUGUUCAUCCUUCGAUUCCCGACUCAUGCAGCCUCCAUUGGUCUGGUUUCUUGCGAAGAGGUUGUUAAAGACCCGGAUAAUUAUUGCAUCUAUUCACCUUCUGCUAAAAAGGAGCAUUGUUUAGUAGCCGUUAAAAUAGCUCUUGGUUCACGAUUGGGUACAGUUCUUUUCGAUCCAGGUUAUCAUGUUAACAAGCCGAUCAUCGUUAUGGAAGAUGGUCUUUCCCCUCACACUGGAUGGUUCGUUCAAAAUCCAUCUCCGUCUAAUCUGAAAGAAUACAAUUAUUCAGCUGUUGAUAAUGACAGUGGACUUGUUACCUGGACUGUUAGAGAGACUAAACCAAAUCGAGUCAAAGAAUAUGUUAAUCUGAUCUAUGUUCGUCGUUCAUUUGCCAAGUCAAUUGAGAUUACAGAAAAACGUUCACACAUUUACAAUUUCAAAUCAUUGGUAAUUCGAUCUCGAGAUGAAGUAAUUGCUGGAUUAUUUGGAUCAAUUGACAAUAACAUGGUAACCAUAUUUUAUCCUGAUUCAGAGACUGGGGAAAGAAAACAGAUAAAACUUUCAUUGGACGAUAUCGAUGAACCUAAUUUCCGAUCAACAAUAUCUAAAUUGGCUAUUUACAUUCGAGGAAUGAGCCAUCGAGCAGCUAUUCAUCAUCUAAUUCGAAUGCUACGUUCUUAUAGUCGAAUUUUAGAAGAUUCAACAUUCAUUAAUCAAUUGAAAGAAGUUGAUUUCCUUUUGGAAGAGGAUUAAUUAUCAGCUCGAAUGCUUAACCAUAUCAAUUCCCAUAAAAAAAUUUAUUGAAAUGUAGAACAGAAAAUUAAAUCUUAACGGAUUAA